AUGGCUGAAACGACGACAAGUUCAACCACCAAGCGCAAGCGCGGAAGGCCUGCGGUUGAUGCGCGGUACGACAACUGGUAUGGGGUUCAAGACGCGAAAGAGCGCAAACGCAUUCAGGAUAGACUAGCUCAGAGAGCGAGGCGCGGCCGUAUGAUUUCAGCCGUGCCCAACAGAGAGGAGAAAUCUAAAUCUACCGGGAGGACCACGGACGGCCCAUCAACGUCGCCUGAAGAUUCCACGUUUGCGCCUACGUCUACGUCUUCUUCUUCGUCUUCCAAUGACAAUGGUCACGACCAUGAACUGAUUCAAGUCGCGGACGGAUCAUGCCUGAUUGUGAGCGGCCCAAGCGCCAUAGCAAAAGUGGUCGCCUGGAGAGGUGGCUACACUCGUAGCAAUGCUACGGGUGUAAGCCUGGACCACUGGUUCCUCUGCUGGCCAGCGUGGUCGAUUUAUGCGGCUCUGACGAAACAUGGACUUAUGCUUGGCACGUCUUGCGCCGAGUGUGUCUACGAUUCAGUGUCUCCGUCAGCGUACGAGUCCCUACCGGAUGCUCUGAAGCCUACGCCUCUCCAGCUGGUCGUUCCGCAUCGGCGCUGGAUCGACCGGUUUCCGUUCAUUCGGCUGCGGGAUAAUAUGAUUCUCCUGAACACGCUGCUUGACCUGGAUGAGUUCUGUGGAGAUUUGUUUAACACGGUUAGUCUGACGCUGCGGCCGUCUGCGCCCUCGUGGGAUCCUAGGUCGUGGGUUCUCGGGGAGGAGUUUGCGACCAAAUGGGGAUAUCUCUUUCGAUAG